AUGUUGAUUUGCUCAUAUCAAAUAGGAGGGGUUCUACGUCUGGGCGGAGACGGAGGCGGGGCCUGGCUGUCAGUCGCGCAGGCACCACAGUUCGGAGCGAGCGGCUCGCGAUGCCGCACAGCUAUGAGUCCUCCGAGUUUUGCAAUACGAGAUCUCCUGCCCGAGGCCUCCUCCCGCUCCCCCUCGCCCUCCGACACCGAGCUCGACGUCACCGGCACUGAGACACCACCGCCUGGAUCCUCAAAACCACCAGAUGAAAAAAAGAAUGAAAAACCGGCAUACAGCUACAACGCGCUUAUCAUGAUGGCCAUACGCAGCAGUCCCGAGAAAAGGUUGACUCUUAACGGCAUUUAUGAGUACAUCAUGAAAAACUUCCCAUAUUACAAAGAAAAUAAACAGGGCUGGCAAAACUCCAUACGACACAACUUGAGCUUAAACAAAUGCUUUGUGAAAGUGCCAAGGCAUUACGACGACCCCGGGAAGGGAAACUACUGGAUGUUGGACCCGUCUUCCGAUGAUGUUUUUAUUGGUGGUACAACUGGGAAGCUGAGAAGAAGAUCGACUGCGGCAUCUAGAUCUCGCUUGGCUGCGUUCAAGCGGGGUGCGAUAUUGCAUCCUAUGUUUGGUAACCCUUACGCUUCGUUAGUGGGACUGUACCCUCCAUUAUUAUCAGUAUACGGAAGAUAUGCUUUACCUAGUCCACUGUUGAGGCUGCCGCCUCCUCCUCCUAAUCCCUAUCAUCAGUUGUACCGGAGGAUUCACGGGUUAUCCCCACCGGUGAGUCCGUCCGACCCGGAGCCCGACUCCAUGGUGAAACAUAGU